AUGGACUCGAAUAUUCAUAGUAAAUUAGUUGGUACAAAUAUCCAAGUGAUUCGAGUACACAGACUUUCCAAAAUCCUACAGAUAUUCAUGAAUAUUCCGGACAGUAAUACCAAAUUAUCCAUUGAUCAAAAUCUCGGGAAAACUCUCUCAGGUUCCACGCAUCUCGGAAUCGAACCAUCAGAUUCACAAAAUCUUGAAGAAUUCGAUUUGGAAAAACUAUUUACUAAUGAAUCUGGGUCCGAGGUUCAGGAAAACAGAGAUUUCCCAUCACAAAAUCUGCAAUUCUUCGAUUCAGAAUUAAAACACCUUCAAAGUGGACUUUUCCAUCCACCAGUUAGGGAAUUCGGCCAUUUCCAGUCUGGAAUUAAAGGUAACAUCGAUUUUCAAAAUCAUCAGAGGAACGGUGAUUCUCCAACGGUUCCUAGCAUUUUUAAUUCACCAAAUUUUCACAACGAUUUUCAUCCAAGCAAUAUUGAAAACAAACAAUCAAUGCAUAACAAAUUCGGUUCACUAAGUAAUCAAGGAAAUACCGAGCACCAAAACUCGGGGAAAUCUCUAAUCGGGCCGACGAAUCUGCAAAAUGGGUCUUUUCAACAGCAAAAUCUGGAGAACUCCGAAACGGGAAGUUUGAAAGGCCACAAGUCUGGCUCCCAGAAUCUGGAAAACUUUGAUUCCAUACAUUCUCUACUAAAUACUCAGGGUGUUCCCGAUUCAUCAAAUAUCCCAAGUCAUUUUAACCCAAAUAUUCAUAGUAAUCCAAACUUACAAACACAUCAUAUUAUGCUUACAAAUAAUUCUGAAUCACAAAGUAUUCAGCAGAAUUCUCGUUCCCAAAAUAUUCAGAGUAAUGUUGCAGCACCAAUAAGUCAUUUCAACUCACAAAACCUUCAAAGUAACCAAAGUAUUCAAGGUAAUAUCAAUGUACAAAACAGUUUCGAAUCUCAAGGCAAGGGAAGAGCUCUUUCAGAAUCAGAUUUUAGAGAAUCACAGGAAUCGCAUAACUUUUCGACAAAAGAUUCUGAAAAUCCAGAAGACAGCGAUUUCACGUCUCUAAAUCUGGGAAAUGUCGAUUCGGAAUUGGAAUAUCUGCGAAGUGGGCUUUUCCAACCGCCGUUAAGGGAAUUCAAUCACUUCCAACAGAAAAAUAGUCAAAACAAUUUCAAUUUCCAGACUCCGAGUAGCAGCGCUUCUCGGAAUGUUCAUAAUGGUUUUAGUUCACAAAAUCAAAGCAAUUUUCAGUUACUUAACCAGCAAAGCAACAGUGAAUCACAAAGUAUUUCAGGUGCUUUCAGUUCACAAAAUGUACAAAAUAAUUUUGAUUCACAGAGCAUUAACAGUAAUUUUGCUGCACAGAAUAUUCGAAGCAAUCAUGAAUCGCAGAAUAUUCAAAACAAUAUUGAUUCAAAGAAUACUCAUAUUAUUCUUAAUCCACAGAAUAUCCAAAGUAAUUUUAAUUCACCAAAUAUCCAAAGCAAUUUUGAAUCACAGAAUAUUCAAGGUAAUUUUGAGGCCCAGACUCUGGGAAAAGGCUUUUCAGAAUUGAAUAACCUCCAAAAUGAUUCAUCUGAGGAGCAAAAGUUAAAGCAUUCCGACACGAUACAAUUGGAAAAUGAUAAUUUCAGUGUUAAAAAUCGGGAAAAUACUGGUUCACAAUUAUUAAUUCCUGGGUUUUUCCACUCGCAAAAUUCCAACAACCAUUUUGAUUCACACAACACUCAAUCAAAAUCGCAAAAUAUCCAGGGCACUUCCGAUGACCAAUUCGAAGAAAACAGUUUCAAUUCGCGAUUUACGUCACAGAAUCUGGGGAAAAGUUUUUCAGAAUCAAAGGAUUUCCAAAAUCGAUUACCUGAAUCACAAAAUAUGGAAAAUAUCUCAGAAUCAGAAAACAACAAUUUUCAGUCUGAAACUUUGGGAAAUGUUGAAUCAGAAUUUAGUCAUCUGCUAAGUGGGCGUUUGCAGCCUCCAACGAGGGACUUCACUUAUUACGAAUCUCUUGGUGCUCAAAACAAUUUUGAUGCGCAGAAUUUUCAAAACAGCUUCAAUCCUGAGUAUACCCAAAUUACACUGAAUUCACAAAAGAGCCCGACUGACACAGAGCCACAAAAUAGAGACAAACUGUUCAAGGGCAAUCUGUCAUCACAAAAUCCGGAAAUGAAGGAUUUGCAUCACAAAGCCAUCAAACGGAAGACUUUGCGACCCAAAACAUCAAAAGGAGUCCGUCAUUGUCGCAGAAUCAGGGAAAUGGUGGUCUGGAAACGUAUAACAGGCAAAAAUACUUUCAGAACGCAAAUUCUGAAACUCAGAAAGAUGAUAACAAUGUGCCAUCGCCUUCUUCCUUAA